AUGCAUCUGUACAUAGUGAAUCAUUCAGAUUCAGAAAGUAAUAUAGAAACUGUUAAUGAAUCAGAUGAAUCGAAUGAAUCAGAAGAUGAUAGUUUUAUAUUAAAUUCAUUUAAUGAUCAUAUAAUUACGGUUGAUGAUAGACCAUUGCAUGCAUAUACUAAUCGAACAGUAAAAGAAUACAGUGAAAAAAUGUUGGCAUUUAUGAGAAAAUUAAGAAUGGCCAAAAGUCAAACAGAUGAACUAUUGAAAUUAGUAAAUGAUUUUUCACCAACACCGAAUAAUUCACCAACAACUUCAAUAAAAUUAUGUAAUUCAUUAGAUUUGACAUCAAAUCAUCAAACAUAUAAAUUUUGCAGUAAUUGUUUAAACGAAUUAAAACAUGGACAAUGUAUAAAUAACAACUGCCAAUUUUUAAAUGAAAAAUUAAAUAUAGGUCAAACAAUUGAUUUAUGUUUAACGAAUUUAAAAUAUGUAUUGGAAAGAAUAGUAAAGUCUAAUUACAACCUAUUAUUAAAUUAUCAAAAGACAGCACGUUUAAAGCAAAAUAAUUUAACAGACAUAACAUCACCCAUUCAGUAUCAAAAACUACUUAUGAAAAAUGAAAAUUUCUUUAUUUCACUAUUAUUACAUGGUGAUGGUAUACCAUUAUAUAAGUCACGUCAUAGACCAGCGUGGCCAAUUAAUGCUAUCAUACUAGAAUUACCACCAUAUGCACGUUCGUCAAGAAAAAACGUUAUUCUAUUAGGUAGAGAUGUUAUAAGGUCUUUUUCAAUGUUUUUCAAUAUUUUUAAUCUCUUUUCGUAA